UCACUCCACCCACCCUGAUAACAAAACGUCGGCCACCUAAUACAAUAGUGCAUGUGCAAUGUUAAUAUAGAUCUUCAUAUCUAUACACCGCAGCUUACGGCGAACUGUUAGCAAGGAUUUGCAACACAUGGCGAGAGUGUCAAAACAUGUCUUUUCAAUGAAUAGACUAAACAAUUAACACCAUUCUUCGGGUUUUAAAUUAUUGCCACAUCAUAAGAUUUCUUUGUUCGCCGUAAGAAUUGAUAAGAAGUUCCUAUACAACGUAAUGUGCAAAAUGAAACACGCGGAUCCAUGAUUUAUGUGGUCAAUAUAGUGUCAGUAAAUCAAUACACAUGUGAUGAAUAGAAUAUGUGAGAGGAGAUCUGAUGAGAAGUCUUCAAAAUCAUUGAUUUAUCUGUUGGAAUAUUCAUAGGUUUACGACCAAUCAUUUUUAAUUAUGCAUAACUUCUAUAAUUUUGUACCUUUCCGCCAUCUGCCACCGUUUAUAUACGUGAUCUACGUCUCUGAAGCAUUGUUGAAGUUUGAUUCAAUGUCUUCGCGAACAGUUCGUCUCCUGAAUCGUCAUGGCUACUAUCUGGAGAUACGAAAAACUGGAGAAAUAGCUGGUUCAACGGCAUACGAAAAUAUUUACAGCGAUAUCACGAUACGAACAGUGGACUUUGGUGGCAAAGUUACACUACAAGGGAAAAAGUCAGGAUUAUUUCUGUAUAUGAAAGCCAAUGGUGAUAUAAGCACAACGGCAUUAUCGUCCAGUGAAUGUAAAGAAUGUGUUUGGAAAGAGGAGAUGAGCUUGGUCAGACCGGGAUUUUUUCAUUAUUCCUCUGCCGUUUACCCGAGAUGGUUCUUGGGAUUAACAAAGAAAGGAGCAAUAAAAAAAGGGAAAAGGACAAAAGCCGGUCAACGGUCAACAGAAUGGUCAAGAAUAUAGAUUGCCAUAAAAUGUAACAUAUUUACAGAAUGUAUUUAUUCCACUGAUAUUACAAGUGCAUGUGUUUAGUUUGAAAAAAUAAUUAUUGUACAUAUUAUUGUUAAAAUUAGUGGAUUUGAUCCGCUCAAACGGUGACCUAGAUUACGUGAAACGCUGUGAUUAUUCACAAAUCUUGUAUUUGACAUUUCCAAUCAUAAACUAGUAAGCCAAGAAUGGCGGCAAAUUAUGUA